AUGAUGUUUAAAUUUAUGCUAAUCACCAUAUUUGGCUUCAGCAGUAUUGUGACUGCUGAUCUUAGCGGCGUGGUAUCUGGCAACCGCAUGGCUGCUGUUCCAUUAGGCUGGUCUCUCGGGGAGGGAGAAUUGGAUAUAGAAGGUGUAUGCUCCGAACCUGGUAUGACGUGCCAGAAUUGCUCUCUGGCUGUGACGUGUAUAUCAUUGCCAGUAGGAUGGUUGAAGGUUCCCCUCCAGCAUUGCCUUGAUGGUGAAACUUGCAAUGCCCAUCUGAAGACAUGUUCAAAGGAGGCUGUCCCAGAAUGUGAUGCUGUGACUUCCAAAUACCGUCAUACGUGCGAACAGAUCGGUAUAUUCCCGGACGCAUUUGACUGUCGUAAGUUCCACCUCUGUUCACCACCUGAAGAUCUGCCAUACGGUAGACCAGCAGAUCAUAGGGUAGCUCUUUGUCCGAGACAUUACGGAUAUGAUCCAAAGACUGCUCAAUGUUCGGUUCCAUUGAGAGAUGGCCAGUGCAGUAAACGACCAGUUCCAACAUGCACCAAAGUGGGUCAAGCGGCAGCUUUGGAGGACAGUCCAAAUCACUACUACGUGUGCCUCUCCAAACACGGUCAAUUGUACCCUCAAAUCUUCAUCUGCCCUCACGGAUGGUACUUCUGGGACAAUUUCUGCCGACCAGAACCAGAGAGGAAAAUUAAUGCAAAAACUAGCACUACUGAGAAAACGGCUUCAAUCGAAACUACGACUAAAUUAGAGAGCCCAAAAUUUGAUUUCUUCUCAACUGAAAAACCUCAUACUUAUCCUCCGGAUACAUUUUUAGCUGAUAAAUUUGAUUUAACUAAUUACGUUUCCAUUGAUGACGUUGAACCUCAUGACGAUGGUUCCUUUUCGUUUGAAAAUGGUGACUUUUGGUGA